AUGCGAUCGGUCUCGUGGAUCGCCCUUCUGGGUGCUAUCCCAGUAAUAACGGCUCAAUUUGUUACAGCUCCUAAAGGCCUUAUCGAAAAGAAGGGUUAUUUGGACAUUCCGGUGCGAUACAAGGAAGUACCAACAGGGAUCUGCGAGACGAACCCCAAUACAAAGAGCUUCUCUGGUUAUGUGGACGUUGCGGAGGACCAGCACCUUUUUUUCUGGUUCUUUGAAGCACGCAAUCAGAACCCCGAGACUGCGCCAUUGACCGUAUGGAUUAAUGGAGGCCCCGGUUCAUCUUCUAUGAUCGGCUUGUUCCAAGAGAACGGACCAUGCGGUGUCGACUCUAAUGGAAAGGUGUACAACAACCCACACUCGUGGAACAAUGUAAGCAACAUGCUCUACAUUGACCAACCGACUCAAGUGGGCUUUUCGUAUAGUAUCCCAGUUCCAGGAUAUCUUGACCCAAACACCGGCGAUGUGAUCGUUUUGCCUUCCAACUCGUGCCCUGACUACGCAGCUGACUGGUCAUGCGGCACAUACCCUUAUGGCAAUGCCAGUCUCACGGCGAACAGCACAGCAAAUGCGGCGCCAUACUUUUAUCGUGCAUUGCAGGGCUUCAUGGGAGCCUUCCCACAGUACUCUCGCCGGUCGUUCCACUUUACUACGGAGAGUUACGGUGGUCAUUAUGGACCUGUCUUCAACGAGUACAUUGAGGAGCAGAACAAACAUCUGCAGCGGGGUGCAAAGAAGAUUUCUCUCGAAUCAGUCUUGAUCGGAAACGGCUGGUACGAACCGAUUGUUCAGUAUGAGUCGUGCUACAAUUUCACCGUCUUUCCUGGAAACACUUAUGACUAUCUCCCCUACAACGACUCGGUCGCUUCAUUGUUGUACAACAACCUCUGGGGUCCAGGAAACUGUAUCGACCAGCUUAAGGACUGCGCAGCACGUGGCAUCAACGAGAUCUGUAGCAUCGCUGAUAACUUCUGCGCCAAUCACGUUGAAAACAUUUACGAUAUCUAUCUCGGUCGAGACGAGUACGAUUUCCGUGAACUGGUGCCGGACCGAUUCCCGUAUGAGUUCUACGUCGAGUACCUCAAUACCCCUGAAGUACAGGCUGCUAUUGGCGCUUACGUUAACUUCACUGAGGGCAGUCAAUCGGUCGGGAACGCGUUCUCGACUACUGGUGACGAUGGGCGCAGUGUCAAUGCUAUCGAGGAUAUCAGAGAUUUAAUUGCCCAGGAUGUCAGUGUAGUCAUGUACGCAGGUGAUGCUGACUACAUCUGCAACUGGCUCGGUGGUCAGGAGGUCGCCUCAAUGGUGGACGCUCCUGGCUACGGCAGCGCGGGAUACGUUAACAUUACUACUGAUGACAAUGUCGUACAUGGACAAGUACGGCAAGCCGGCAAGUUUGCAUUCGUACGAAUCUACGAAAGUGGUCAUGAGGUGCCAUUCUACCAACCAGUGGUUGCUCUAAGCAUGUUUGAGCGUGUCAUCAAUGGGCAUGAUGUUGCCACUGGCAAGGUUAAAGUGAACUCGAAAUAUAGAACCGUCGGACCUGCUGAGAGCACUUAUAGAGAGGGUAACUCUACUGUUCAGUGGGAGGUGCUUGACCCAAGUGCGACCUACAACACUACCACAAACAGGCCGAAUCCUGUGGCGCAGUCGAUGAGAAGAAGCGCACAUCAAAAUGCUCGACGCUUCAAGCCAUGA